ACAUAUAUAAGUUAUGUACUGUGAUAUAAGACUUAAUUAAUUAUUUAGUUUUAAUUAUCUGAGGCAAAAUUUGUUUUAGAAAGUUAACCUUCAAAUUAGUACCUACCUUAGCACUUUGGGACGUGUCAUCCUGAAUUCCGUAAAGUUGUAGAAAUGAAUAAAGUACGUGUAGAACAAUAGUUAAGCUGUGAUAAAGGAUAAAUAAAACAAUACUUUAAUUUAUUAUAUAAGUCAAUAUGAAGCAGAAAGAUGCCAAAGCACAAACACUGAAAUAUGUGAGCCUUGUAACACUUACAUUGCAAAAUGCAGUUCUUGGUUUGAGCAUGAGGUAUGCUAGAACGAGAGAUGGAGAUAUGUUUCUUUCAUCGACAGCUGUUCUAAUGUCCGAAGUAAUAAAAUUGGUCACCUGCAUUGCCAUAGUAUAUGUUGAAUCUGGAGGAGUAUUAGGACUUUUUGAAAGUUUAGAUAGAUCAAUAGUAAGAAAUAAACUCGACACAUUAAAAGUUUGUGUCCCCUCAUUGGUUUAUGUUGUACAAAACAAUUUGCUAUACGUUUCUGCCUCUCAUUUAGAUGCAGCCACUUAUCAAGUAACAUAUCAGCUGAAAAUAUUGACAACAGCCCUGUUUGCAGUUUUUAUCCUGAAAAAAGAGCUCAUAAAAACCCAGUGGAUUUCACUGGUUACCCUAAUAAUCGGCAUAGUUUUGGUGCAACUUGCCGAUUCGAAAGAAGUUGUUGUUAGUGGACCUGAGCAACACAGAAUCAUAGGCUUUCUAGCUGCGCUAUCAGCCUGCGUUUUGUCAGGGUUUGCGGGGAUUUAUUUCGAGAAGAUUUUAAAAGGCAGCGAUGUUUCCGUUUGGAUGAGAAAUGUGCAGCUGUCUCUCUGCUCGAUACCAUUCGGGUUGGUUACUUGUUUUGUGUCUGACGGCGAUGUUAUCAGGAACCAAGGAUUUUUCUUUGGAUAUGACAAGUUUGUUAACUACUUGAUCCUUUUGCAAGCUUGCGGCGGUCUUAUUGUUGCCGUCGUCGUGAAAUAUGCCGACAAUAUUUUAAAGGGUUUCGCCACUUCAUUGGCGAUUAUUAUCUCUUGUGUCGCAUCAAUUUAUAUUUUUAGUUUUACUCUGACUAUGCAAUUUGUAUUGGGGGCUGCUUUCGUUAUAUUUUCCAUAUUUUUGUAUGGUUAUACACCUAAACCAACAAUUUUAUCUCCUAUCACUCACAGAAUCUAA